UCUAAGAGGCAACAUCUUUUUUCGUUCAUUUUUUCCGUUCAGUGAGUUAAAAUAUUCAGUGUUUGUGUUAAGACGGCAGGCAUUUGUAACCGAUGUUCAUACACAUUUCUGCAACACUUCUAAAACAACUGUUUUGUAGUAGUUGCUCAGUUACAUCCUGCAUACCACAUUAGGCUUUCAUGACAUCCCAUAAUCCACCUGAUCAAAACACGUAUAAACCUUGAUUCUACAGAACUUAGAACAGGCAAUUUCCAAGUACAUGGGAUAUGACUUUUAUGUAAUCUGCAACUAUGAAACCUCCAUUUCGUCGGCGAACUGAACCAAAACGCUUUGUGCCUAAGAGCCCUGAGGAAGAGUCGACAGUGAAUGUCAGAUCCCUCUGCAAAGGAUGGAUUCGCAAAGAUUUGCAGAGCUUUUUGCAAGCUUUGAAACAGCAGCAGAAUUUUGAGUCGGAAUUAGAUCUGACUGAGAUUCAGAAGAAAGUUCCCCACCGUUCUCUCAAAGAGAUCGAAGACCUGAUAAUGACCCUGAAGUCACGAGUGCUACAGAAGGUGUACCUACAGGUGCAGAGUCAGAGGAGAGAGGAGCGCAAAGCUAAAGUUCCCAUUGAAUUGUGGGCAGAGCUGGUACAGAAAGUCUCUAGACCCCAUGAGAAGACUAUUUCUUCUGCCUUUUCCCAGAUGCUUGUGAUUGCUGCCGUUGAGCCCUGUGGCAUGAUGCACUCUGAACCUCCAAACCCCAUCAUCCAAACACCCGCUUUCUCCAGUCUUCACCCUGUCCAGUCCACUAAAAAUCCCUCUCGGCCUUCUGCCUCAGCCAUGAGCCCAAAUCCCAGUGUUUCUGCUCCCUCAGUUGCAUCUCUUAUUCAGCCUGACUCUAGUUCUAAUGCUGUUGACCAUCUUAGCCAGUUAGAUAAUGCAUCAAGCAGUUCACCUCUAGUGCCUAAAACUCCUGAAACACCCACACCAAGAUCCUCACAGACGACGAGAAGCCCAAGCCAUCUGCAGUCACAAGCAGAACCAUCAGUGUCCAGUCCUGUUUCACCAUCAGUUUCCCCAAAUAAGCAAAAUCAAGUUCAGUCGGAACUGUUAGAUCAUGAUUACCCAUGCACACCAAUAACGCUGAAGUGUGUCGUGAAUUUUGACAAGAUUUAUCAAUAUUUAAGUGACAUCGACUCUAAAACCUGCAAUUCAGCUCUUACUUCAAUGGAGAGUGCAGUGCUGUUGGAUAUGCUGAUGUGUUUGCCUGAGGAGCUCCCCUCACUGGACUGCAAGGAACUUCAACAUCAUUUUCUCCAGAUAUACUCACAGCUCACCCAACCUGCAAAAAUGCCAGCUUCCUCUUCAAACACUGACAGGGACAUCCAGCAGGCUAAUGUAGCCGAUUCGACUGCAUUAACACAGAAACUCGGGACUACUGUGGGAUCCACUAAAGAGCCCUCCAGUGAGUCAUCUUUCACAGAACCAGCAAAGGACAAAAAAGACUGGGCUACAGCUGAAACCUGUCCUCUCAAUCCUUUGUUAGUUCCAGUAGCUUUGUUGAAAAGAUCGUCCCUAGAUUCUGAGAAAUGAUAUGCUUAGCCGGUCUCAGUUGAAUUCUGAAGAGGUUCAGCCUAAUUAACAUACUUACGUUUACUUUGUUACAGGUUCGGAUGUUGUUUCUGUCUUUUGUUUUGAGGAUGUGUGCAUAUAAAUUAUUCAUAUUGUUUCACUAAACUUGUGUUGAUAUUUCUGAAUGAUGAUUCUGUUAAAAGUUUGUUAUAAAAAUAGCCAAGACAUAAAACAUAAAAAAUAAACAAUUAAAUACUAAACCAAGUGUCUACAUAUUAAAAUUGUUAGGAAAGGUAAAUGUACAACCUUAUUUUGCCAUUUGUAUGUUAUCACCAGUCUGGUGCUGUUGAGAAAAAAAAGCACUUCCCAAGGUAAACUAAAUUGUAUCCAAGGAUUCUUGUGGAGCUCGACUCAAAGAUUCAGAGGCUCUUUUGGUUCCAAAGUUGUCAUGUGGUGCAACAGGACUCAUUGGUCAUCAUGUAAACAUAUUACUCACUUGUGUAACGCUACUCAGUUGAAAAGGUAAUGCUUAUUAAAGCGAUUGACCCAGUGUUCCCCAAACCUUGUUCCUGAAGGCAAACCUAGGCUACUGUACACAUAUUGGAUUUUACUCAACCAUUUCAGGGCUGCAUUUCCCAGAAGUUAAUCGUAGCAUUGGUGACAACGGUUCUAUGAUCAAGUUAGGUUUCCGAUGCUUUUGGGAAGCAGCCCAGGUCUUGGACUCUACUAAUGAGCUAAUGAGUGGAAUCAGAUGUGUUUGAUUUAGGACCCCUAAAACCUUUUCGAUUGAGUAGCAUUACACAAGUGAGUAACAUGUUUACACGAUGACCAGUGAGUCCUGCUGCACCACAUGAUAUCAUUUGCAACAUUUCUCAAUUAUCAUUUACUGAAUAUCAGUUUCUUUUCCCUGAUUAUCUGUACGAUGUGUGGCUUCCCACCCAGCAUGACCUGUGUAACUCACCAUCCCUCACACACUGUUUGUUAUGCGGCUGAUGAUAAUAUAUCUGAGAUAAAGCAACUCUCUUUGUGAAACACUAGAUUGUAAAAUCAAAUACAUAAGUAUUCAAUUC